UUUCGGCAGUAUAAUGGUCUAAUGUUGUACAAUGCAGUGCCGUUUUAAACAGUGUAGUGUAAUGCGGUGCAAUGGUGAACAAUGUAGUUAGUACAGGCUGCCUCAGAGACUCCAUGACAGCAGCAAAGCGCCCCCUCCCACUCCGAACGCCCCCGCUUGAGAUGCAACUAAAAUACAUAAAGCCUCCAUGUUGCAUGGGGGAAUGUCGGGCCAGCACAUAGCCUACAAGUGUUAGCGCGCUAACUUUAACGUCGUCAAGCCCAGCGUCUGCUCCAUGUUUUGGACAAGAAUAACCCUUCCACGGGCUUCCAAGUGUUUUUGCAAUAGACAAGGUUGCACAUUUUUUGCGGGCGAUGAUCGGCGAGCUUGACGGCUAACCCGCUAAACAAGGCUAGUUGUUAACUUCAGCUAGUGGGCGAUUCAACGUCGUUUGUUUGGACUUUUGAAGGUGUAAUCCACAAAAAGAAGUGAUUGCAGCGAAUGUGUUGUGCACGGAGCUCUAGAUGACAGUCGUUAACUGGGUUUUAUUCAGCACCGCGCUAGCUGGCUGGCUUCCCCCGCUGCCACAACGCUUCGCCUCGGACGCUCGUCUGGUCUUUGUGGGCUACCUGAUCACCCUCAUCUUAAACAGCUAGCUAACGAUAGCUAGCAUCCCCAGGCAAGCGCCCUAAUAUUGCGGGAGUCCACAGCGGAAUAACCACCAGGCUAAAUGGACCACAUGUCUAUAAUAACGCAAGUUUCCAACCCUAAGGAGGAGGAAAUAAUAUCCUUUAACCAGGAAAAAGCGUCCCAGUCCAACAGCAGCCUGAAGAAGCAGAGGAGCCGGAGCAUCUUCAGCACAUUCUUCUGCUGCUUCCGCAGCUACAAUGUGGAACCGCCAGCCACCAAUAGCAACAGCGCUCCCCUGCCUCCACCUGUGGAGGAGAAUGGAUCACCACCCAAGUGCGACCAGGUCGAGGUCCUCCCUGUCCCUAGUCCACCAGCCAAGUACCUCCUACCGGAGAUGAAAAUAUCAGACUACGGGAAAAAGUGUGUUGUGAUUGACUUGGACGAAACACUCGUCCACAGCUCAUUCAAGCCAAUCAGCAAUGCAGAUUUUAUUGUUCCAGUGGAGAUUGAUGGCACAGUUCAUCAGGUGUAUGUGCUGAAACGCCCCCACGUGGAUGAGUUUCUUCAAAAGAUGGGCGAGCUGUUUGAGUGUGUGCUCUUCACAGCCAGCCUUGCAAAGUACGCAGACCCCGUGGCAGACCUGCUGGACCAGUGGGGCGUGUUCCGAGCGCGACUCUUCAGAGAGUCCUGCGUGUUCCACAGAGGGAACUACGUGAAGGACUUGAGCCGGCUGGGACGAGAGCUCAGCAACGUCAUCAUUGUGGACAACUCGCCCGCCUCUUACAUUUUUCACCCAGAAAACGCUGUCCCAGUCCAGUCCUGGUUUGACGACAUGAAUGACACCGAGCUCCUGGACCUGCUGCCUUUCUUUGAGGGACUCAGCAAAGAGGAGGAGGUUUACGGCGUCCUGCAGAAUCUGAGAGGCAGGUAGCAGGACCCAGAGCAGCUCUGCCCUCGGCGCUUCUCUUUCCACCUCCGCCGUUUCUGUCGCUGUCCCAACACGUCUCUCAGACCGAGGCCCGUCCGGAGGAGGCGCUAUGGAGUCCCAAGGAUGCAAAGCCCUCCUGUACCCACGACACGACUCUCCUUUCCUGGCGACCGGCUGCCAAAUAGGAAAGACUGAAUAACUCAGCAGCCGCCGAGUUGAACUGAAACGUUGACACUCACGGGGACAGAAUGCUAAGAGGAAUGAACUCUGGUCUUUAUUUUCAAACCCAACAAAGUUUUACUAUUUGGUUAAGUGCUUCAAACCAAAAAAAAAAACAAAAAAAACCUUUUUUGUCUGAAACGUCUUUUUGUGGUACGUCGCAAAAGUCUGAAGAGAUUUUUGUCAGGUGUUGUCGCUAUGCAGGCGGUUUGUGGUGGCGGAAAGGACUCUUCUUACUGAAUGAAGUGCCUUGCGUGAGUGAUGUUUCUACAGGGAGAUGUUUUCUACAUAGUCCCUCAGUGCUCCAUCAAGUGGACACAGAAGAACUUUAUAUUUUUAAUCAUCAAGCGUCUCUUUAGUGUACGAUGUAGACUUUCUUACUGCGUUCCUUGUACUACAUAGACAUAGUUGAUUUGUCAGGCAAAGGAGUUGACCUUAUAGCCCAGCUGCACGUCUUUUUUUGUUGUUGUUUUGCUUUGUUUUUUUUGUGGUUUUCAUCUUAAAGCUCCGCUAAAAUGUGCCAUUUAUUGUUUUGGUAGCCCCUCCUGUUAGUUGCCAAGCUACUUUAACGUCUGUCUUCAACAGGUGUUCACUAAAUAGUAUUGCAUUAUAGCUUUUAUUGAAAUGUUCUGCUUUUAAUAUUUGAUGUUUCCUUAUCGUUUCAUGCUUUGCAAUGUCGGCAUUUAGCCCCCCCCCCCACUCCCGCCUUGUUUCUUUUGUGUUCUUGUAUUGCACGUCACCAGUGGAGUCACCCCCACGGGGGCGAGAACUGUGCACGCUUGCAAAGGUAUCCCUGAAUGGGUCGAGUGCCAUGCUCUUUUUUUUUUUUCCCCCAUGAGGUUAGCAUCUUUCCGGGCGGGUUCUAGGAGAGGGGCGAGUCUGGACCUGAUCACACCUUGUUCGUCCUGGUCGGCUUACAGUGAAGGCGUGGCCUCACGUGUCACCAGUGGAGGUGUGUGUGUGUGUGUGUGUGUGUGUGUGUUUACCUUCCAAGACUCUUUAACUGCUGUUCACCUCAGUGCCUGUUUGAGAGGAGCCCUUUGCUGCCAUGGCAAUAAGAUUCCUUUGAUUUUUGACCAUCCCACUUAUUUGGUUCACGUGUGUGGAGCACUUCACAUCGCAUACCUUCAAAAUCUGUUCCAUUCCAUCAGUGUAGAAACCGUCAUCGGUUCUCGGGCUGCAGAACCUGCCUUACUGCCUGUAGAGAAAGCAACGUUUCACCAGUUUGAAGUGUUCAUUUCCGUAUUUUCAUACAGUACAAUGUAUGUACAGUUGACCCCCCGCAUAGCCGCGCCGCUGUGCCGUUUGUCCGUAGAAAACCCAUCUCACUUGCCCUAUAUUGGUGAAGUUGCACAGGAAGUAGAAAUAUAUAUGCUAAACAAUGCUAUUUUAUACUAAUGUGUGACCCGCAAGGCAUGCUGGAAAGUUACCAGCAUGCCUUGCGGGUCUCAUUUGCCCUAUAUUGGUGAAGUUGCAGGCAAGUUACCCAGCAUGCCUUGCGGGUCUCACUUGCCCUAUAUUGGUGAAGUUGCAGGCAAGUUACCCAGCAUGCCUUGCGGGUCACACAUUAGCGUGAAAUAAUUGUACACGUGUAAGCAUUUAUUUCAACACCCACACAGUGCGUGUUGCGCGGCUACAUUGUGUGUUCCACGCAUUGCUUAUUUUUUUCUUGCACUGUGUGUGUCAAAAUAGACAUUUUUAGGGGCGUCUGAGUUACUCGCCCUGCUUGUUCGCCAUUCACGUGUGGUCUGAGAACGCAGCUUCCACCAACAGCGGGGGGGUCUACCGUACUAUACAUGAUCAGGGCUGUCCGUGUGUGCACCAAAACAUUACAUUUACGUUCAAGUUUGUUGGAAAAAUUGACAUUGUUUUCCAGAAACUUUUCCCCAAUUUUUUUUUUUUUUUAAGUGUGCUGCUCCUUCAGGAAUUUUCUCUCUUCUGGCAACAGCGUUGGGACUGACUUGUGAUGGCAGUUGAGUGUUGUGUUUCAGUGCAAUGUCCUUUUUAUAAGAAGACUCGCAAUGAUUGACUUGCUCAGAAAAAUGUUUUAUCAUUGCGAUAUUUUUCUACCUACCUUUUUAUGGUUAGUAUUUGCUUUGAGAAGUUACACAGUACCUGUACUCGUUUUGUUCCCAAGCAUCGUCACCCCUGCAUCGCCCUGGGAUCUCUCUUGCCUGUGGUGAGAACUCUGUCAGGUUUCGUCUUUCCUAUUCAGGGGACGGGCGCGUGUGCGUGUGCGUGUGUGUGCUCUCUUCCUGGUUUUCUUUGUGCAUCACCUCACUUCUUCAUCAUGAGUUGUUAAAAGGAUUUAACACCAAAGUUGUAAAACACUUAGAUUUCUCUGUGCUUUUCCCCCCUUUGGUUGGUUUGUUUUACCGGGGGUGAUGAAAUUGACACUUUGUUGAGACACUUUUCAGUUAUUGGAUUUGAGUGUGUGUUUUCACCCUCAGCAUCUUCUUUUUUGUCUUUUUCUUUCCAUAUUAAAAGGCUUCAUUGAAA